CCUCGGCCGGGGGACCGGGGGAUUUUCCUCCUUUGACGACCCCCCUCCCGCCGGCCUGGAUGGGCUCGGACCCCGCGGGGACGGCGCGGCAACAGGUAGAGAGACGGAGCGAGCCCGCGGACCGCUUCCCCGGGCGGCGGCAGGUGCGGAACAGCCUCCCGCCGCCCGCUGUCACAGCCACCGAGCCGCCGGGCUCUGCCUAAUCCGGAGGCACGGUAUGGAGACCAAAGGAUACCACACUUUCUCAGAAGGCCUAGAUAUGGAAAGACGGUGGGGUGAAGUUUCUCAGUCUGUGGAGCAUUCUUCCGUGGGCUCGGGAGAGAGGACCGAUGAAAGUAACUAUAUGGAGAUUGUAAAUGUAAGCUGUGUUUCCGGUGCUUUUCCAAACAACAGUACUCAAGGAAACGGCAAAGAAAAACAUGAACUACUCCCCUGCCUACAGCAAGACAAUAACCCGCCUGGGAUUUUAACUUCUGAUAUCAAAACCGAGCUGGAAUCUAAAGAACUUUCGGCAACAGUAGCCGAGUCAAUGGGUUUAUAUAUGGAUUCCAUAAGAGACGCCGAUUAUGCCUACGACCAGCAUAAUCAGCAAGGAAGUAUAAGUCCGUCAAAGAUUUAUCAGAACGUUGAGCAGCUGGUCAAAUUUUAUAAGGAAAAUGGUCAUCGUCCUUCUGCUUUAAACAGUUCGAACAGACCCCUGAGAUCAUUUCUGUCUGACCCCGGAAACUCUGUGAACGGCGGAGGUCUGCGCCCUAUGGUUAAAAGCCCUAUAACGUGUCCUGAGAAAAAUCCUGCGGUUUGCAGCCCUCAGAACAUGACGUCUUCAGUUUGCAGUCCUGCUGGAAUCAACUCCGUGUCCUCCACCACUGCUAGCUAUGGCAGUUUCACCGUGCACAGCCCUGUUAGCCAAGGAACUCCUCUGCACUGCUCGCCUAACGUUGAGAACAAGGGCUCCAUCUCACACAGCCCAGCUCACGCUAGCAACGUGGGCUCUCCUCUUUCUAGCCCGAUAAGUAGCAUGAAGUCCCCGAUUUCAAGCCCUCCUAGUCAUUGCAGUGUGAAAUCUCCCGUCUCCAGUCCCAAUAAUAUCACUAUGCGAUCCUCCGUAUCCAGUCCCGCCAACAUCAACAACUCGAGGUGCUCUCUCUCCAGCCCUUCCAAUACAAAUAAUCGGUCCACUCUUUCUAGUCCAGCGGUUAGUACUGUGGGAUCUUCUCUCUGUAGUCCGGCUAACAAUGCCUUAAGCUUCCCGGCUUCUGGCACGCCUGCUGGAUCUAGCACGACUCUGGAUGCUGUUCCUAGUCCCGAGACAAAUGAAAAAGGUGCUCAAGAAGUCACGUUUCCUAAAACUGAGGACAUAGACAGUGAUGUCUCCAACAGCGGUGUGGCCGGUCAGCUUAACCUCGUUCAGUAUAUCAAACCAGAACCAGAUGGCGCUUUCAGUAGCUCCUGUCUUGGGGGAAAUACUAAAAUCAACUCCGAUUCCCCUUUCUCAGUACCAAUAAAACAAGAAUCCACUAAACAUUCGUGUUCGGGUACACCUUUUAAAGGAAACCAAACCAUCAAUCCAUUUCCAUUUAUGGAUGGUUCGUAUUUUUCCUUCAUGGAUGACAAAGACUAUUACUCUCUGUCAGGGAUUUUGGGACCACCCGUUUCAUCAUUUGAUGGCAACUGUGAAGGCGGUGGGUUUCCAAAUCCAGGCCUACCCAUGGGAAUUAAGCAAGAGCUUGAUGAUGGCAGUUAUUACCAAGAGAACGGUAUGCCUUCGUCCGCCAUUGUUGGUGUGAAUUCAGGUGGACAGUCAUUUCACUACAGGAUUGGAGCUCAAGGCACAAUAUCCUUAUCGCGACCUGUUACUAGAGAUCAAUCCUUUCAGCACUUGAGCUCAUUUCCUCCGGUCAAUACAUUAGUCGAGUCAUGGAAAUCACACACAGACUUGUCAUCCAGAAGAAACGAGGGGUAUCCAGUUCUAGAAUACAUUCCAGAAAACGUGUCAAGUUCUUCUUUGCGAAGUGUUUCUACUGGAUCCUCAAGACCUUCCAAAGUAUGUUUGGUGUGUGGGGAUGAGGCGUCAGGAUGUCAUUACGGGGUGGUUACCUGCGGCAGCUGCAAAGUUUUCUUCAAAAGAGCAGUGGAAGGGCAACACAAUUAUCUGUGUGCUGGAAGAAAUGAUUGUAUUAUUGAUAAGAUUCGAAGGAAGAAUUGUCCAGCCUGCAGAUUACAGAAAUGCCUACAAGCUGGAAUGAAUUUAGGAGCUCGCAAGUCGAAGAAGUUGGGGAAGUUGAAAGGAAUUCACGAAGAUCAUCAGCAGCAACAGCCCCCAGCACCCUCAGCACCCCAGAGCCCAGAGGAAGGGACUACAUACAUUGCUCCUGUAAAAGAGCCCUCUGUUAACUCAGCACUUGUCCCUCAAAUAACGGCAAUCUCACCAGCACUUACACCUUCACCCACUAUGGUGCUUGGAAGCAUUGAGCCUGAAGUCGUGUAUGCAGGAUAUGACGGUUCGAAACCCGAUACAGCAGAAAACCUGCUUUCCACUUUAAACCGCCUUGCUGGCAAGCAGAUGAUUCAAGUGGUAAAGUGGGCAAAGAUACUUCCAGGAUUUAAAAACUUGCCUCUUGAGGACCAAAUUACCCUAAUUCAGUAUUCUUGGAUGUGUCUGUCAUCAUUUGCCUUGAGCUGGAGAUCAUAUAAGCAUACGAACAGCCAGUUCCUCUAUUUUGCUCCAGAUCUGGUCUUUAAUGAAGAGAAGAUGCGUCUAUCUGCCAUGUAUGAACUGUGCCAGGGGAUGCACCAAAUCAGCCUUCAGUUUGUUCGCCUCCAGCUUACCUUUGAAGAAUACACAAUAAUGAAAGUUUUGCUGCUAUUAAGCACAGUUCCCAAGGAUGGCCUCAGAAGCCAAGCUGCAUUUGAUGAAAUGAGGACAAAUUACAUUAAAGAACUAAGGAAAAUGGUAACCAAAUGUCCAAAUAAUUCUGGGCAAAGCUGGCAGCGGUUCUACCAACUGACUAAACUUCUGGACUCCAUGCACGAUCUUGUCAAUGACCUGUUGGAGUUUUGCUUCUACACCUUUCGAGAGUCUCAGGCACUGAAAGUGGAGUUUCCGGCCAUGCUGGUGGAGAUCAUCAGUGAUCAGCUACCAAAGGUGGAGUCUGGAAAUGCCAAGCCCCUCUACUUUCACAGGAAGUGAGAGAAAAUGUCUUAAUGGAAGAACUUUGCCUUAAGUUUCCCUGUGUUAUUCCACACCCAUGAAGGACCCAAGAAACCACAUUUUUAAAACGUGUAUUUCCCACUGGUUCAGCCGUUUUGAAAACCGUCAGUAAUCACGUCAAGGGGUUGGGGACUCAAAAAGCCGUGUGACCUGGUCUUGGAGAGGCCAGGCUUGAGAUGGAAGAUUUUCCCCUCACUCCCACCGCUUAGAAAACGUUCCCGUUCCUCCGGAUGAAAAGCCAUAUCUAGUCAAUAACUCUUUGAUUUUGAUAUUUUAACAGAUGGAAGUUUUCAAUAUGCCAUGUAGUUUCUGGUAUCGUUUGCUUGUUUCAAAAGGGUUCAAGGACUAAUGAACUUUUUAAAGCUUACCCUUGGUUUGCACAUAAAACGUACAGUCGAUAUGGGGCAUUACUGUUCUUUUCUUGUUUAUAAAAAGACCCAAAAAAAAGAAAAAAAGGAAAAAAAAAACCCCAACAGCAGCAAACUAUUCAAACUCCUAAUGUGAAUAACAGAACAUUUGGUGUGGAAUAAUCUCGUCCCCUUCCUGGGGCAUUUGCUUUCCCAUGUUAUCCAUUGUCAUCGACAUUGUCCAGUGUCCAGUUCUUAUUUAAUUAAAAUGGAUAAGAUGCUAAGACAAAUGCCUCAGUUUCGAUUUAUAGUAUCUAUUGUGCUGGCUUUACAAAUAAUUUUUCGCAGUCUUUUGCUGUACAUUACUGUAUGUAUAAAUUGUGAAGGCCCUGAACUAAGAUGUAAGGAACUUUUGUAAAUGAGACACACACACUCGCACACACGCACACACACACACACACAGAUCUUUAAUGGUUAAUAGGAUGAAUGGAAAAGUAUUUUUGAAAGAAUUCUAUUUUGCUGGAGACUAUUUAAGUACUAUCUUUGUCUAAACAAACAAGGUAAUUUUUUUUUGUAAAGUAAAAAUGUUCUGCAUGCAUAAUGAACCGUUUACAGUGUAUUUAAGAAGGGGAAAGCUGUGCCUUUUUUAGCAUCCUAUCUAAUUUACCAUUUUACAGGAGCUGUUGUAAAUAACCUCACCGUUGUGUUUAAGCCUUUCUACUCUUCCGUACUUUUUUUUUUUUCCUUCCGUCUGCUGCUUGCAAGUGUACGUGACUUGAGCACGUUUGAGGAUUUCUGCUUCCUACUUCUGUACGGAGCUCCCCUUUGUUGUGUUUGCAGCUCAGUGAGGGAUUCGUUUCAACCCGACACAGGAAGCCAGGGGGCUGGUGCAGAAAUGGUGGCAGCCUUAGGAAGCGGGGAGAGGACCUGCUUCUUCUCCCUUCAGCUCAAGAGGCAAAGCUGGACUGGGGCAGAACUGGUUCCAACUCGGCUCUGAUUUUUUUUCCUUUCCUUGGGAGGCGGCGAUGCCACCCUGGAAGGAACCCAUCUGGGUUCCGUCCAGGGGCGGGAGGCCGUUAGGGAGCUUGCACUGGGAGAGGAUUUUGACAGGUAGGAGUUGUUAAGUGGAAGGGGGCCAACACUGGCCGAGAACUGCGGAGUUUGGGCUCCAUUUUCCCAUCACGAGUCGCUGAAAAACCAUUGAAGCCUUGGAGAGAAAACUGCAGCAUCGUGAGAGCGGGGAGCACGUUAACUCACUCUCUUAUACUCUCCCACGCGCUUAGCGCAAGGCUGCGCACAUAGCAGACCUUCAACCACUACCAACUGACCGGUUGGCCUGAGUUAAAUUCGACUCCGUUGACUUUGGUUUGAGCACAGGUGUCUUUUAAAAACUCUCCGCAGGGCCCGAAACCAAACGGUGCAUCUUUUUGCGAAGAAGCCAUUUUUAAGCAAAAUUCACAUUCAAAGGGUUUUAGAAGGAAGCUAAACAGGGCUGGGGGAUGUCACGAUCACCGUAAACGACGCGGUUAAUCGUUGUCAUAACUUGAAAUGGCAGUGUGGUCCAAGACCGGGUUCUGAAUUCAACCCGGUUGCCCAGUGGCCAGCGAGACUGGAACACGGUGACCAGGCUGCAGCCGCCUCCCCGGGGUGUCUUCAUCACUGACCCAAGGUUGGCGGUGAGACAGCACGAGGUCUACAUUACACUACUCUGUCUUCUUUAAAUGGCACCUACCCUCCUCGGUGGGAAAAUGCUGAAGAGCUGGACUCGCGAGAGUUUUCUCAUGAUUUGCAACUUCCGGACUUUAAUUUAUAGAUAAAUGCAGUCAACUGACACGCACAGCAAUAUGAAAGCCACACUUCAGAGGUGAUAAAUACACAGCAUGCAGGCUGGGGGGGUUCUGGAAAAGAAAUGUUCAUAAAUGCAUCUUUUAGUUGAGACUUAAUAAUUAAGGAUUGAAAUUUCAACUUAACCGGGAUGGGAGGAAUACAGUCUGCAUCAGCUUUUUGUAUUAACAAAGUUACUGGCUCUUUUUAUGUCUCCAGGUAACUUUGCUUGAUUAAAUAGCAAAGCCAUAUUCUAAACUUCACUGUUGAAUGCUUGUUCUGGUCCAAAUUGUCGUCUGUUUGCUCUUAUUUUUGUACCAUAUUGCUCUGGAAAUCUUGGUUUGGUACAAUUCAUAUUUCACUGAAACUUCUUCAUAGAAUUAAAAACCACACUAAAAUAGUUUAAAAAAAAGCAAUUUAUAUCUUUAUGCAAAAACGUAUGUCUGUCUUUGCAAAUGACUGUAAGCAGAUUACAAUAAAUCCUUUACUUUAAUCA